CCGCCCGGGGUCGCUGCGGCGGCGGCGGCGGCGGGCGGGCGCGCGGCGCGGCCAUGGCGGUGUUCGUGACGCGGCGGAUCCCGGCCGAGGGGCUGCGGGUCCUGUCGCAGGCCGGCGGGUGCCGCGUCCAGCAGUGGGACUCGGAGGAGCCGGUGCCGCGGGCAGAGCUGCUGGCCGGCGUGGCGGGGAAGCGCGGGCUGCUCUGCCUCCUCUCCGACCGCAUCGACCGCGAGGUGCUGGAGGCCGCCGGACCUGGCCUGAAAGUCAUCAGCACCAUGUCCGUGGGCUUUGACCACCUCUCCCUGGACGAAAUCAAGAAGCGAGGGAUCCGGGUGGGGUACACCCCCGACGUCCUGACCGAUGCCACUGCAGAACUCUCCGUGGCUUUGCUGCUGGCUGCGUGCCGCCGGCUGCCGGAGGCAGCGGAGCAGGUAAAGAAUGGUGGCUGGACAACGUGGAAGCCCUUAUGGAUGUGCGGCUAUGGUCUGUCUGGUAGUACGGUGGGCAUCAUAGGUCUGGGGAGAAUAGGACAGGCAGUUGCCCACCGCCUAAAGCCGUUUGGGGUCAAGAAGUUUUUGUACGCUGGCACUUGUCCGAAAUCAGAGUGCGCUGCGGAGUUCGCAGCUGAGUUUGUCCCACUCACGAGGCUGGCCGAAGAGUCGGACUUCGUUGUGGUGACUUGUGCUUUGACUCCGGCCACCCAGGGAAUGUGCAACAAGGACUUUUUUGGCAGAAUGAAGAAGACCUCUGUGUUCAUCAACACGAGCAGGGGGGCCGUGGUGAACCAGGAUGACCUGUAUGAUGCGCUGGCCCAUGGGCAGAUUGCAGCAGCAGGCCUGGAUGUCACGACACCGGAGCCACUGCCCACUGACCACCCCCUGCUCUCCCUCAAGAACUGUGUGAUUCUGCCGCACAUCGGGAGUGCCACGUAUGCCACAAGAAGCACCAUGGCAGUGCUGGCAGCCAACAACCUGCUGGCCGGGCUGCGAGGGGAGCCCAUGCCCCACGAGCUGCUGCUGUGACGGCCAGAGCCCCGCUCCCUCAGAGCAGCAGGACUUGGCGUUCCCUUCCCUGGAGAAGCCUCGUGGACCAGUCCUGUGCCUCCUCGCCUCUGCAGCAGCAUGCCAGUGGUGCCUGUGGUGAGGGAACUGCGCUGUAGCCAUUAAAGAGAAGCAGUGA